ACGACCAGCAUACAACGGUGUGCGCAAAUAGCAUCAGCGCCGCGCCUCUUCUUUCCUAAAGGGAGUUAAGUGUACUUCCACAAUUAGUGGCUCCCAUGAGCGUGAAACGAGACGAGGGCCGUUUACACCUGACACUAUGUCCGGAGGCCAGGACGGGACCGGACACGCGAGAGAAAGAUCCCGAUCACCGGAGGGCGACGAAAAGCGCCUCUCGUGCGCUCUGGAGAUGGAGAUGACCAAACGCGCCAUGCAGGCCAACUCCAAGGUGGGUUGUGUGAACUACGGUGGCUUGGUGCACAGAAACGGCGGGGAAUCGCCGGAGGUCUCCGUGCCAGUGAGUCUUCCCGGGAAGAGGACGGCUCAAAUGGAGGGAGACGACCUGUACAGGCUGCGGGACAGAAAGUUCUUGUUGGAGGACAAGAAGCGGCUGUGCGCGCUCGCUUUGGGCGCAGCUCUGCUCGGAAUUCUGCUCAUGAUCCUCCAUACUGAGAUGUGCCCCUUCUUCUACAAACCGGGCACAAACAUUGCCUUAAUCAUCAACUGUUCCAUUAGCCUCUCCACUGGCUGCCUUCUCAUCUUCAUCAUCGCUUUCCAUUACAAAGACAUCAGGCUCUUCAUCAUUGAUCAAAACCAGGUGGAUUGGCGCAUCGCCAUGACCAGCCACAGGGUAUUUGUGAUCACGCUCGAGCUAUUAGCCUGCGCCAUCCAUCCCAUCGGCACAUACUGGGAGGUGGGCUUCCUCAGCAACUCGUCUUUCUCACCUCCACUGUGUGACUCCAACCAUCACAAUACGGCCUUGGCGGAUUUGGAGUUGCUGCUAUCGGUGUUGAUGUUCUUGCGCCUGUAUCUAGUGCAUCGGGCCGUCCUGCUGCACAGCAAAGUGUUGCUGAGCGCCUCUUACAGAAGCAUCGGUUCACUCAACAAUAUCAACUUCACUUUCCGCUUUGUACUCAAAGUGCUGAUGAACAAGUACCCUGCCCGCACCCUGCUGGUCUUCAUCCUCUUCUUCUGGCUCACAGCAUCAUGGAUGCUUACCCUGUGUGAGAGGCAGACUGCAGGCUCAACAGAUCACAUGGAAACGGCCUUGUGGCUCAUUGCCAUCACCUUCCUGACGGUGGGCUACGGGGAUGUAGCGCCCAAAACUCGCUGCGGCAAGUCGGUGUGUCUCUUCACUGGAGUCAUGGGUGUAGCCUGCACUGCCAUGCUGGUCGCCGUGGUAACCAAGAAGUUGGCAUUGAAUAAAGGAGAGAAGCAUGUGCACUUUUUCAUGCUGGACAUUCAGAUCUCGAAAGGGAUCCGCCACGCUGCUGCAAAUGUGCUGCGAGAGUGCUGGCUUCUGCACCGAGCCAAUGUGACCAAAGGAACCCGACAAGAACAUCGAAGACACCAGCGAUGUCUUCUGGAGGCCAUCAGAGUAUUUCGUCAUUUGCGCCUCAAACAAAGAAAACUGAGGGAUUACGUCAGUGAGAUGGUGGAUCUUCCAAAGAUGCAGAUGAUCAUGUGCGAUCUAAGCGCCAAUUGGAAUAAUUCUUAUCGGGAGUUGGAGCAGAGAAUCCUGUCCAUGGAGCAGAAACUGGAAGAGCUGAGUCGCUGCUUCCAAGAAACCUCCAAGCUGCUGUCUCAGGUCCUACGUCACCGCAACCAGGAGAUCAGGUGACAUGACCAGAGCACGCACUCCAGAGUGAAUUUUUUUGUCUGACAAUGCCUACCAAAGGUCAGCGGGGAUCAUCUCCACCCGUGCAGAGCUACUUCUACAUGCUUCCACCAUUUGGAAGACACGCACAAGCUUUUGAGGGAUCAUCUUCAGGCCCAGUCUAGGGCAUCUUCACCACACGUCCGUGGAAGAAUUUGUCUUGAGCUUUCUUAUUUACACUGUCAAGCUAGCUACAAGACUUGCUCUUGGUGAUCAUUAUGCUUCACUGUUUAAUGGAUUUUUAAAAUUUUGAGUAAUCUGUGCCUUAUUUAUUAACUUCCUGGUUUUAGUAUUCAGUUUCAUGAACCCUUUGGAGGUUCAAAUGUUUAAACACAUAAAUCCAACUGUUUUCUAACUAGGCUGGGAGGAUGGCUGAGUAAGUGCAGUGUCACAUUAUAGGAGGACACCUUUAUAACUGAAAUUGUUUAAACUUGGCGUGUUCAUCUCAAAUGUGAGGCCAGGAGAUCAUUUUUUGUGGUGAAAUUGUCAGCAGGGUUCAAGCUGGCUGUUUCACAGGCCAAACGGAUCUACCUGAGACACCGAGUAGGCUAAGUGCUGUGGCCUACAUUUAAUUAAAAUAGCUUUAAAAGUUCUAAUUUUAAAAUCCAUUAGUAUGAAAGGAGAAUCUGAACCAUCAGAUAUGACAUACAGUAAACCCCCGCAUAUGCAUUUACCUUUUUCAUGUUUGAUUUUAAACGUAUUCUACAUUAUUGACUCAAAAUUGCAUCUAAUAUUCGUACUAAGUCAAAAGAAAAACACACAAUUAUGAUUCUACUUCUUUCCCAAACCAGCUGCCAAAUUUCAGUAUUCUGUAUUAUAGUAUUCCAUAUUUUGUCUAAAUGCCAUAAAUUUAGUUUCAUUACUUUUUCCCCUUAAAUAUCAGUUUAGGGCUGCAGCUACGAAUAUUUUAGUAGUCGAUUAAUGGAUGGACUAGUUAGUUCAAUAAUCGAGUAAUCGGAUAAGGAACAUGAAAAAUUAAAAUACCUGAGCUGAGCCUCAAACGGUAUAUAUAUAUAUUUUUUAAAUGAAGAUCUUUGUUCAACAAAAAACAAUUGGCUAACUUACAUAGAAAAAGUCCGCUUAAAUGCUAUAAAAAGCCAAAGUUUUUUUUUUUUUUACAAUGCUCUUAACAAAUGGUUGAGACACAUGUUCCCACAAAAAACGGCUAAAUAUACCUAUGAACUAAAUUAUAAAUGCAUUAAAAAAAACAUUUCCUCAAACAAAAACUUUGCUUACGUUGGUAACAGGGAGCAGUUGGAGUCAGCCAUGUGAAAAGAGGCAGAGGGCAGUGUAUCCACCCUAAUCUAUAAAUCUAAAUACAAACACUUUCAAAAUAAACCAUUACAACGCCACUUUAAUUAAACGAGUACUCGAAGCAACAAACUUUAAUUCGAAUAUUUUUUUCUAAUCGAAUACUCGAUUUAAUCGAUUAAUUGUUGCAGCACUAUAUUAGUUUAACAGAAAUUGUUGAUCCAUACAACCAAUGACAAGAAAACCUUGAAAAUUAACGCAGGUCCCCAAACCUUUUCAUACCACUCAAACAUUGUGUUGAUGCUUAUGAUCCUGUUUGUAGUUAAUACCAUGUUUUGAAUCUAUACAACAUUUUCAAUGACUAUCAUUGCAUUGAAUACAAGGGACCCAUGCGCUGUUCAACUGCUAUUUAAAGGAAAGAAAGAAAAAAAAAAAACAUACCUCAUUGAAAAAGAAAAUCUUAAAAACUGAACAAUUACUCUGGGGAGAAAAAACUGGAAACUUUUGUGUUGAAAUGUCAUGCUGGAAUAAGUGACAUCUCAUAUGAUGCUCCAUUGUCAAAAUAACUUGGAAUUUGCACAUUAAAACCUGUCAGAACAUCUUUGGAAUUAAAAUCUGUGUGAGGUUCUGACGAGUAUCAAUAGUAGUAGUACAAUUUUUCGUAAUAUGCACCCCUAAAAUCACCCCGCCAGCUCUUUAUUAAAGAUUCUUUUACACAACUACUCUCUAAUUUAGUCAUCUGAGUUAGAAAUCUCAUGUAAGCACUCAAAAUGUUAUGACAGAUAUAGCAUCAGAAAUCAGUAGCAUAUCAAUAUGGUGAAACCUCCAUGCCACCACUAUUCUUGGUAGAGCAGCUACAAUUAUGUUACUGAUAUAUACAUUAGAAGGGUAAUACUGGAGGUGCAUAUGAGUGAAUAGCACACAAGAGAAAUUACUGUAAAAAUUUUAAACAAAACUGGCGAUGAAAUAAUAAGCAAGACAUUUUUUAUUUGACACAUUUGUAUUAUUGCUUGUCAUUUACAUCUUUUCAAAUGUCUGGUUUUCACAUUGUUUUUAAUUUGAUGCCAUAUGAAUGCAGAGGCCCUAUUAAAGUAAUGUCCACAGCUGCACGCGAGGCCUUUCCUGCAAUUUCCCGAGCCUUUCUUCUUCAUCUGCGUUUUUCCCCUCAAGUGUGCGGCUAAGAGUCUUGCUCCGGCGAAAGUGUUGCCACAGUUGACGCAGAUGUAGCUCUUGUCUUCUGCGUGCUGCACGCAGUGCCGCAGGAGAUGCAGCCGGUGCUUGAAGGACCGGCCGCAAUAGCACCGGUGCAAACGGCGACCCCGGUGGAGGUAGCGGUGGCUAAUGGCGAGGUACGGCUGUCGCAACAUGGUCCCGCACUGCCAGCAGGGACGUGGCACCUUAAAGCACCAGCCCGUGAUCACACUUUUCAAUGGGGCAGAAAUACAAUACGUAUGAUCCUUAUCGAUAACCUGGUUUGUGACGACAGGCUCGGGGGUACUCGCUGCGACGACAUUUGUCGAAACCUUUUUGUCAGUCAAGCAUGACUGUUUUUUCACAAUAUGCACAUGGGUGCUGACCACCGAUGUGUGAACACAGAUUACAUGAGUGGACAAAGACUUUUCAUCAAGAAAAAAAGACUUGCAUAUGGCACACACUUUGGGCGUGGAUACACUGCAGAAGCGGAUCAAGCGUAAGAGGGCCCGUUCGGGAGGCUUGUGCUGAUGGGCUGGGGCCCAGUGUCUGAACACCUGGCCGCAGACAUCACAGUAGUAAAAGAUGCUGUAGUGAUCCUUGAGCGCCGCCUCGUUACGAAAUGGCAUCAUGCAGCGAAAGCACUUGGUUUCUUUGCACAAAGCACCGCUACACUGUUUCAGAUGCAGCUUCAUUGACGUGAAAGGCCCUUGGUCACACUUGUUACAGAAGGAAUCAUGGGUAUCGGGAAGGGUAGGCACCCCUGAAGAAUAGGCAGACUCAGUUGAGCUUGAAUUAUUGUCGUCAUCUGAUUCUUUGUAACUGGGACCACCUUGAGCUCUUUUGAAGUGAAAGUCACCUUCAUCCUCACCGGCACUCUUAGUCGAAUCAUCUGUGCUCAAGUCAUCAGAGUCAAGGGGUUUUGUAUAGUCAUAGUCAAUGACUUCUCUAGACGUCUCCGGGCUCGGCAGCAGCGCCGUGUCGAACGCUUGGUUGCUCUUUUGGUACUCUGAGCCCGUGCAUUGUUUAUCUGCAUGCCUUUUCAGCUCCCACCAUUUUACACCAUUGCCGCUCAAGUCUUUAGACACAAGUGGAUUGCAGAUAAUCUGAAAGAAAAGAAUCACAUUUAACAGUUUUGAGUGAUCUCAUAGAUAUUGCUGGUGGAAGUUGUGAUGUCAAAUUCCAAUCCGGAAAUUGUCCCAAAAUGUGUUGUGAGGGUAGUGAUACUAAAACUGUAAGACUUUUAUCAAAGAUUUUUGUCAAGUUUACAUCAUUAAUCUUGGUGAACUUUAGUGUUCAGAAUAAGAGUGUGACUAUCUCGAUACGGCGAUAUAUCAUGAUAUUUUGCAACCCGAUUGGUUAUCGAUAUGCUCCCGCCAAGUAUCGAUACUUUUAUUUGAAUUAUUGGCCAUUAGGGAUGGGAAUCGAGAACCAGUACCUGUUGAGAACCAGUUACGUGCAUUCUAAUUCCAUGGACUCAUUUGGCAGUUUAUCUAGCGACUCUCUUAUAGAUUUCAAGCAGCACGUAUUACGUCACGUAAUUUACACAUGCUACACACGCUCGAUUCAGCAAGUAAAACUACGUGAUUAUUCAAAGAGGGACCACUCAAGUAUAAUUUGGAGAGCGUCACAGAGUGAUUCUACAUUGAUUUUCGCAGGCCAAGUCAAUAUUCAUGAGACUACUUAAAGAAAUGGUGAUUUAAAAAAAAAAAAAAAAAAAAGUCAAUUAAUGGGUCUAUCGUAUUUCUCGUCGAUAACAUAUAACAUAUAUAACAUAUAUGCAUCUAAAAAAAAUUCCUAAACAAUGUUAUUAGCAAUUUUAAUUCAUAUUUUGGUCAAUAGUCCACUAAUCAGUGUUUUUUUUUUUUUUUUUUUUAAUAAUUUGAAUUUGAUGGGUCGUAAGGCAAAUCUGACUACUGAUUUCAAACAAAAGUAUGUACCUCCGCAUCUAAUGGUAGUAUUUUUUUGUUGCAACGACUAACAGAAGUGGAUGUUCCAAAAUACUUCCCGAAAUGCCCGUAAUUCGAGAUAGGAUGGUCCCAUUGGUCCCAAACCACUUUCAUUCUACUCAGUAUCAAAAGGCCUUUCCAUAGAGUACCCCAACUAUGUCUAGGAAGUUAAAUCCAAGUUAACGGAGGAUUGUGCUAAAAUCCCUCUUAUAUUGUAUGAGAUCCAACCGUCCUUAUGUAAUUACACCAACCUAAUUAUAAACUUGUUAAUAUUUGGGACAACAAAAGAAAUGCUCUGCCCCUGCUGUCUGGACUAGCCGAAUACUUUCUGUGUGUACAGGCUUUCUCCACCCCAUCUGAGAGGGUGUUCUCCACUGCUGGAGACACCAUAAGUCCACAAAGGAUCAUGUAUCCUACCUGAAAAAGCAGACAUUCUUAUUUUUCUUUCUGCAAAAGAAUUGUCAAUUUUGUACAUUUGCACUACGCACUCCUGUUGUAUUUGACAGUAUUUAUCUUUUUUUAAUAUUAUUUUUGAGUGCUAUCAGCUCAUAUGCCCUUUUAAAAAGGAGGAUUUUUUUAUUUCUAUCGGAAAAAUGUUUCAGUAAAAUGUUUCACAUUCUUGUCUAUUUGCCACAGUUACAUAUUGCCACAGAUAACCGAGGCUUUGGGCCUCUUUUGACAUCGUUGUGAAUUUGUAAGGUUGUGACGCCUGAUUAAACAAACUAGAUGCCAAUCAAAAUGUUUGUUCUUCUUUUUCCGAAAAUUAGAAUCUAAUAGAAUCGAUAAAGAAUCGAAUUGUUAAGCAAUAUCGAUAAUGGAAUCGGAAAAACCCUAUCAAUUCACAUCCCUAUUGGCCACACAUUGGAGUAUGGAUGCUGCUCAUUCAAUGUUUGUUGAGCAAUGGCGGUUCACUAGGGGGCGCUCAAGAGUGGCGGUGAAGGUAAAGUGCGCGCAAGUCGUCUAGAGAAGAAGAGAGGAAGCUGCAAGUGGGAUGAAAAAAUAAAAAUGUUUAGUGAAAAAGGUGUCAACAAAAAGUGAGAACAGUAUUCAUACAUAUCACACGUGUGGAUACACUUUGGAUUUCACACCAACAAAAAAGGAAGUAAGGUGAACAAGGACUUUGCUGUAUGCAAGAAUUGUCUAAAAAAAACAUAAGGUUCACUGGAAAACCAAUAAUUAUGCACAGUUACUUGCAGC